CAACAUAGCCAAAAUGAACAAAAUUGUUGGAACAAUUUUCCCGCUACACAAUCCACAUCUUGAGUUUACCGGAUAAACACAUCUUUCCAUUUUAGUUCCAACGCCAAACAAACACACCACCACUAUCACUUUUCCUGAAUUCCUCUGCAAUUUUCUCUCUCCUAUCAACAAUGGAGUCAACUCUCUCACCAGCUUCCACUCUCCUAACCCUCUCCAAAACCCUAAGAUCAUCUUCUUCCUCUUAUCCUUCCAUUUUCUCUCUCAUCCAUUUACGUCGCCUCUCCACCUCGAAUCCUCCAUUGACUCGCUCGCUAACUAGCCGAAUCUUGACUCGCCGACUCGCCGCUUCCAUUGAUUUCUCGAAAUUCGCUUCAAUUCGAGGUUUCUGUUCUCCGGUACGCUGCGUUUCGUUCUCGGCAGGUGGCGGCGGAGGAAUCGGCGGAGAAAAUGGCGGUGGAGGUGGCGGAGGUGGUGAUGGAUCGGAAGGCGGAGUUCCGAAGGUUGCGGCUUCUGCUGCUGAUGAUGUUUCCGUGCUUUCGCCUGAUGCUAUUGUGCUUGAUGUUGGAGGGAUGACUUGUGGCGGUUGUGCUGCUAAAGUGAAGAAAAUACUUGAAAAUCAAUCUCAGGUGUCUUCUGCGAGUGUCAAUCUUGCAACAGAGACUGCAAUUGUCUGGCCUGUAUCUGGAGCCAAGGAUGUGCCAAACUGGCGACAAGAGUUGGGAGACAUGCUUGCUAAACAUUUGACCAAUUGUGGUUUUGAGUCAAAUCUUCGAGACCCUGGAAGGGAAAAUGUGUUUCAAAUUUUUGAGAGGAAGAUGGAUCAAAAGCGCAACAAACUGAGAGAAAGUGGUCGUGAACUUGCAGUAUCUUGGGCUUUAUGUGCCGUGUGUAUGUUUGGUCACCUGUCUCAUUUCUUCUGGGCUAAGGCUUCAUGGAUCCAUGUGUUUCACUCCACAGGCUUCCAUUUAUCAUUGUCUCUAUUUACAUUACUUGGACCUGGACGGCAACUGAUUCUCGAUGGUCUGAAAAGUUUCUUCAGAGGUGCGCCCAACAUGAACACCUUAGUUGGACUUGGGGCUCUAUCAUCAUUUACAGUUAGCUCGUUGGCUACUUUUAUCCCAAAAUUGGGAUGGAAGGCGUUUUUUGAGGAACCGAUUAUGUUGAUAGCCUUUGUAUUGUUAGGAAGAAAUCUUGAACAAAGGGCUAAAAUAAAAGCUACAAGUGAUUUGACCAGCCUCUUGAGUAUUCUACCCUCAAAGGCUCGUCUCUUAGUCAAUAAUGCUGAAGAUACUGUGUCAACUGUUGAGAUUCCUUGUAGCAGUCUGUCAGUUGGGGAUAAGAUUGUGGUGCUGCCAGGAGACCGUGUGCCGGCUGAUGGAAUUGUCAGGGCUGGCAGGAGUACAGUCGAUGAAUCAAGUUUUUCUGGGGAGCCUUUGCCGGUGACAAAACUGCCUGGGACAGAAGUUUCUGCUGGGAGUAUAAACCUGAAUGGAACACUUACUAUUGAAGUUCAAAGGCCUGGAGGUGAAACAACUAUGGGUGACAUUGUUCGACUAGUGGAGGAAGCACAAAGUAGGGAAGCUCCUGUUCAGCGUUUGGCUGACAAAGUGGCUGGGCGGUUCACAUAUGGUGUAAUGGCAUUGUCUGCUGCUACAUUUAUGUUUUGGACCCUUUUUGGCUCUCGCAUUUUGCCAUCUGUUAUCUCAGGGGGAAGUUCAGUUUCAGUCGCACUUCAGCUCUCUUGCAGUGUUUUGGUUGUGGCUUGUCCGUGUGCUCUUGGGCUUGCAACUCCCACUGCUGUGCUUGUUGGAACUUCUCUUGGUGCAAAGAGAGGAUUACUCCUGCGGGGUGGAGAUAUCUUGGAGAAAUUUUCGUUGGCUAAUGUCGUUGUGUUUGAUAAGACUGGGACUUUAACCAUUGGGAAACCAGUUGUAAUGCAAGUUAUCACUCAUGAAAAUGAGAGUUUGAGUAAUUCACUAUCAGAUAAUAACUCAGUGCAUUUGUCAAAAGCUGAGGUUUUAAAACUUGCCGCUAGUGUUGAGUCAAAUACUAUCCACCCAGUUGGAAAAGCUAUAGUGGAAGCUGCACGUUCUAUUGGUUGCCAGACGUUCAAAGCUGCUGAUGGUACCUUCACAGAGGAGCCAGGAUCUGGUGCAGUGGCAACCAUUGAGAAUAGAAGGGUUGCUGUUGGCACAUUAGAGUGGCUUCAAAGGCAUGGUGUUGAUAAUAACCCAUUUGAAGGACUAGAGGAUCAAAACAAUAGUCAGUCGGUUGUUUAUGUUGGAGUAGAUGGAAAUCUUGCUGGACUUAUUUACAUUGAAGAUCAGAUAAGAGAAGAUGCCAGGAAUGUUGUUCAAUCUUUAUUUAACCAAGGUAUAGAUGUUUACAUGCUAUCAGGAGAUAAAAGACAAACUGCGGAACAUGUUGCUGCCAUUGUGGGUAUCCCCAAGGACAGGGUCUUCUCUGGAGUUAAGCCCGAUCAAAAGAAGAAAUUUAUUAGUCAACUCCAGAAUGAUAACAAGAUUGUAGCAAUGGUUGGGGAUGGGAUCAAUGAUGCUGCUGCCCUUGCUUCAUCACAUGUUGGGGUUGCCAUGGGUGGCGGUGUUGGAGCUGCAAGUGAAGUAUCUUCUAUUGUGCUUAUGGGAAACAAGCUAAGUCAAGUACUUGAUGCAUUGGAGCUCAGCAAAUUGACCAUGAAAACUAUAAAACAAAACCUCUGGUGGGCGUUUGGAUACAACAUUGUUGGACUUCCAAUCGCUGCAGGGAUGUUGCUUCCUGUUACUGGGGUGAUGCUCACUCCUUCAAUUGCUGGAGCUCUUAUGGGUUUGAGCUCAAUUGGAGUCAUGACGAAUUCAUUGCUUCUCAGAUUGAGAUUCUCAUCUAAACAGAUAAAUGGCUCAGAAUUUUCCUCAACCAUUAAAGAUCAAUCUGCUCUUGAAGUUCUAGUGGAUCAAAAGGAGAAGUUGGAAACUCCAUUUUCUGAUUCAAGAUUGAAAAAUGCAUCUUGACUUCUUGAGUAAGAAAACUUGGUCAGUAUGUCUUCCCAAAAUACAAACUGAGCUUGAAAGACAAUUUUCCUCCAUGUUUUAUCAUGUCAAGGAGAUUACCUUAAGGUUGUGAGUUUGCGACAAUAGAAGUGGGGUAGCCUGCCAAUUUUCAACUGUGAAAAAGGUGACCUGAUUACAUGAAGUGCACCUUGAUAUGGCUUUUCCCCAUUCACCAAUUUGAGAUCCAUCUUUCUCUAUCCCAGUUCGGCUAAAAGAAGUGAACUAUCAGGUGGUAUUUCCUGAAUCAGCGACCACAGGGAUUCAAGAUUUGUAACGACCAAUCACAUAUACCUGUGAGUUGGUGUAUUGUACUGUAUAUUUGAAUAAAGGUCCAAGAAUAAGUUAUCAAUAUUAUAAAGUUCCUUCUCCGAUUGUAUUGAUUUAGCUUUCAGUGUGGUUGCAUAGGUGCAUCUUAUCAGCUCAUUGCAUGUUUUCUUAUUUUAAAUGUCUGAUAAUUGCU